UCACUCGCGCUCGGCUCGUGUGGUUUUUCCGUGUCCAGAAAUCGCGUUCCGGAAUUCUCGCCUGCUCGUUUGUUCGCGUUUGGUAGGAAAAAAAGUGCUACUUCGGUUCGGAGUGUGAGGGUGUUGGGGGUGCACAUUGUUGAUUAUGUCUGGUUCUGUGAAAAGCAAAAAAAAUCUGACAAUUUGCGGAAAAUAUCUUUCUGUGGGUGCAAGUAAAUGAGACUGUCGAGCGCAAGCAGUUUGAAAAUGCCUCUAAACUGCAGGAGGAGAAUAGAAUGCAGUGUGUUUACAGUGAUCGUAACAGCUGUCAAAGUGAGCCGGCGACAGAAACCGUCAACAGGCAGACGAUGGCCGGCAAACACUGGUCAUCUGCUUUAUUAACAAGUGUUGCCAGUAGAUCAAUUAUUUUGGAUUAUCUGGCCAACGAAGUGUAAACAAAGAACAUAAGGAUGAUUAUCCGGGCUAUCCACAAAUUCCACUGUCAGUCGACAGCUAAAUCCGGAAGGGGUGGUGCAUUUAUAUAAUUGCUUUCGCAAUGAGUACGGGUAAGGCUCGAUAUAAAGGAACGAAUGAAGGAUUAAACGAUCGUUUAAGCGAAUGCCUUGACGCUCGGUGAAAGUUGUCCCGUAUAAAUGCAUUCCAAUUCAAACCAUAACAAACAAACGUUCGGAAAAGUGAGAGAAAAAACUGUGUGUGUGUGUGAGUGAAUAAAAAGCUUAGAACAGUGGACUAGGAUUUAGUUGAAUAUAGAGCACGUAUAGCCCUCCACAUUUUGCCGACCGUAUGCCCGGCUAGAGUUCCGAUGAGUGGAUUUAACUGGAAGAAAAAUAUCGUCCUCCUUUGAAGCGGCGGAAAAAAAACAGAUGAAAAAAUGGACCUAUUCAGCAUCCGUCCCGGUGUAGUACGGAAAGCACAAACAAAGGCAACGCCCACCAGGUGGCGCAAUGCGAGCACCCGUUACCGGCCGUCGGAAGCAGGAGCUGACAGUGGAAGUGUUGGCGGUGGCCUAUUACCCGUGGUGUUGCGGUUCGUGGCGGUUGUUUACUAUUCUCCACUUUGGAACGGCCAGAGUGUGUAAAGCCAAAACUAGAGGCCAGGUGAUUCAUAGAGCAGGAACCAUCGACAAUCAAACGGCGGUCGUCAUAAACGGCGCCAACGAACGAACGAUGCGCGGAUGGUGGCCAAGGAUAGAUGUGUCAGCCGGUGACGCUGGUGGUAGGCAUGAGAAACUGGGAUUUAUCGCUGGUGCGCUACUGGUGCUGCUAGUCGUCAUGACGACCAAGACGGUGGGAACGGAUGCCACCCGGAUGUUUGACCUCGAAACCAUUCCAACGGUGAAGCAAGUGGCAGUGGCCGGUAAAAAUGUUACCAUCGUCUGCCCGGGGGUCAGCGAGCGCUCGCUGGUGGAACGGUUGAUCUGGCGGACGGCGACGCGCACCGUAGCCGAGUACAUCAGUGGCCUGCAGGCGGCGCUGGACGGCGGUAAACAGAGAAUCGCUCUGUUAGCUGAUAACUUCAGUCUCCAGUUCAGUCCGGCCUACGCAUCCGACACUGCCGAGUACAGUUGCCUCAUAAACCAGCGGCACAACCCGGAAGCGGUUGUUGACCUGCUCGUACAAGAUGUUCCCGAAGCCCCGGGCCGGCCGAUGGUCGUCAGCUUUACCUCCCGAUCGGUGAAUCUGUCCUGGGCCUACACGCAGGAUCCCCGCAGUGCACCGAUAAGCAACUUCGUCAUCGAAACUAGGGUUGGCGAAAACGGCGACUGGGAUCGGGUGGAACCGAUCUACACCAAGAGCAGUAAAGCAUCCUACCAGGUAACCGGACUAGAACCGUUCACCGUGUACAGCUUCCGGGUGAUCGCCGUUAACGAGCUCGGCCACAGCGUGCCGUCCAAGGAAUCGUACUACUUUGUGACGCUGAGGGAAGCCCCGACGGGAAAACCGGUGACGACAAUCGCCCACAAUACGUCUGCCACGUCAAUAUACGUUUCGUGGAAACCGCCACCACCGGAAACGAUACUCGGAGAGUUCCUGGGAUACCGAAUAACCUACCGUACGCGGGACAAGAACCCGGAAGACGACUCCAAAGAGAUCUACAUCCGCGACAGCACCGUAGAGAGUCACGAAAUUCAUAACCUUGACACCUACACCCAGUACCUGGUGUCGAUACAGGUGUUCAAUCCGGAGGGACUCGGUCCGCCGACCACGGUGCUGGUGAUGACUGACGAAGGCGUUCCCAGCAAACCGCAGAAUCUGAGUGUCCUGGAGCUUACCUCGACAACCAUCAAGAUUACGUGGCGUGAGCCGGAAAAGUCAAACGGAGCCAUCCACGGGUAUCGGGUGUACUAUGUACACCAGAACCAGACGUUGCUGCAUCUGCCGAUACUGAAAGCAGAUGCUGCUGUAAACUCGGUCUACACCUACACGCUAUCGAAUUUGAAGCCAUACAGCGACUACAAGAUCAUCGUGGCAGCCUUCACUAAAAAGAACGACGGAGAACCAUCGGAGGUGUCCACCCGAACAGACAUCAGUGGGCCAAGUGCGCCUAAAGUGGUGAAUCUGACAUGUCACACACAUGACGCCCUAUUUUUUGGCUGGCGGAUACCGCAAACCUACUAUAACACCAUCGAUUACUACAUUAUCAGCUAUCGGAAUAUAGAUUACGGUGAUUUCCGAGAAAUCCGCAUUACAGCCAAUGCCUCCAUCGUGGAAACUUCGAUGAUAAUUCCCAACCUAACGACUAACGUGAUUUACGAAGUCAAAGUCCGAGCGGCUUCAACGAGCGUCAUUAAUCCGAAGCAGAUAAUUCUUGGUUCCUAUUCGGAACCGAAAAAGAUUUCCCUUCAACCAAACUGCGAAAAAAUCCCACCGCCGUCGCAACGCCAAUCGUACGACGACUACAACCUGGCCGUGUUGGCCGGAAUCGUUUUUAGCUGUUUCGGGUUACUGCUGAUUGUGCUAGCCUUCCUACUGUGGAAGAAAUGCUUCCACGCCGCCUACUACUACCUGGACGAUCCCCCGACCAGUCAGGGUGGCAAUACGGCCGGCGUGAUCGAUUGGGAAGCACCGUGCGAGGUUGGUGGCGAGGUACGCAGCUCCAUUCCAGUGUCGGAGUUCGCAAAGCAUGUGGCGGCUCUGCACGUUGACGGAGAUAUCGGUUUCAGCAAGGAGUACGAAGCUAUCCAGGGUGAGGCGCUGAACGAUGAGUAUCCCUCGGAGCAUUCGCAGCAUCCGGAAAACAAGGGCAAAAAUCGCUACUUGAAUGUGAUUGCAUAUGAUCACAGCAGGGUUCACCUAAGACAGGCACCCGGGCAGAAGAAGCAUCUUGACUACAUCAAUGCCAACUUUAUCGACGGAUAUCAAAGGUCGCGAGCUUUUAUCGGCACGCAGGGCCCUCUGCCGGGUACUUUUGACUGCUUCUGGCGAAUGAUCUGGGAGCAGCGGGUGGCCAUCAUCGUGAUGAUCACGAAUCUGGUAGAACGGGGUCGCCGAAAGUGUGACAUGUACUGGCCUAAGGACGGAUCGGAAACAUAUGGCGUGAUACAGGUGCGCUUGAUUCGGGAGGACGUGAUGGCCACUUACACGGUUCGCACGUUCCAGAUUAAACACACCAAAUUGAAGAAGAAGAAGGCUUCACAAAUGGAGAAGCUGGUUUAUCAGUACCAUUACACAAACUGGCCGGAUCAUGGAACGCCGGACCAUCCGCUUCCGGUGAUUAAUUUUGUCAAAAAAUCCACUGCCGCAAAUCCCUCGGACGCAGGCCCGAUUGUGGUCCACUGUAGUGCUGGAGUGGGACGAACCGGAACGUACAUCGUGUUGGAUGCAAUGCUGAAGCAGAUCGAAACGAAAGGAAUGCUGAACGUGUUUGGGUUCCUAAGGUUCAUCCGCGCCCAGCGGAACUAUCUAGUCCAAACGGAGGAGCAGUAUAUCUUCAUCCACGACGCACUCGUGGAAGCCAUCGAUAGCGGGGAGACGACUGUAAAGAUGGACGCCAUUGGCGGCGUGGUUAACCACAUUGAGUACAUCGAUAGUCAAUACAAGCUCAUCACCAGCUAUCAACCGAAGGAGAUUAACCUAACAUCGGCUCUAAAGCCGGUGAAUGCCAUCAAGAAUCGAAGCUCGCUGGUUCCACUGGAGGGUAGCCGAGUUCAUUUGACGCCGAAACCAGGCGUCGAGGGUAGCGAUUACAUCAACGCCACCUGGCUGCACGGUUUUCGCCGAUUGCGGGACUUCAUCGUGACCCAGCAUCCGCUACUCGACACGUUCAAAGACUUCUGGCAGAUGGUGUGGGACCACAACGCGCAAACCGUGGUGCUCCUGUCCUCUGCCGAUAAUAUGUCUUUCCUCCAGUUUUGGCCAAACGAAUCGGAGCCACUCGAAAGUGACUACUACCGGAUCCGGAUGGUAUCCGAGACAUCCGAAAACAGUUACAUCGUAAGGAACUUCGUGAUCCAAUCGAUCCAGGAUGAUUACGAGUUAAACGUGCGGAUGUUUGAGAACCCAAUGUGGCCUGACAUUGGCAAUCCACGUUCGAUUUUCGACUUUGCUGUGCGAGUGCAUGAACGUUGCGCACAGUAUCGGAAUGGGCCGAUUGUGAUUGUCGAUAGAUACGGUGGCUUCCAGGCGUGCCAGUUUUGCUGUAUCAGCUCCCUGGCAAUGCAGCUAGAGUACGAUCAGACGGCAAACGUGUACACGUAUGCAAAGCUUUACCACAACAAACGGCCGGGAAUCUGGAGCUCGUACGAGGACAUCCGGCAAAUCUAUCGGAUACUGUCCUACAUGCCCAAGGAGCUGGGCUUGCUCAAAUGCACCGAACUACGGACCGAGUUCGACGACGCGGCCAUUAUGACGGCUACGCCCGAUUUAUACAGUAAGAUUUGUAGUAAUGGUAGUAUUAAUGCGCAACUCAACAACGCCGGUCUCACCGGGGGAACAACGGGUGCUGGUGAUACAGCGGCACAAACCGGAAAUGGGACGAGUGGCGGGCAGCUAGCCGGUACAGGACCCGGCGCUGCUACCACGAUACAGAAUGGCGGUACAGUGAUCGUCAAGAUGAACAGCGAAGACAAUGACGAGCUGUCCGUCGUGGUUGCCACCAGUAAUCACCUGAAUCUGGAUCACAAUCAGUCGUAAGCUGGGAGGGGUGAAGUAAGUAUUGCAAAAAAAACACAAAACGAAAAGGAAAAAACAAAAACUAUACUAUAAUAGGUUAACCAGAAAGCGCGAUUUUAGUCAUGUCUGUUUAGUUUCUAUACCAGUGCUGUUUGGCAGCUUUUUUACGAUCUGUAGCUACUAUAUACUAAUAUUAUUAUGAAGCAAAACAAAUCGAGUUAGGAACAAAAAAGAUAUUAUUUAUAAACCAAUUAACGACCUAGCGAGUAGAGGAUGGAAAGAGUUGAGUGUAAAAAAAAAAGAUUUUUCUUUCGUUGUAAUUCGAACCGUUUCCCCAGCAAUUUUGAUUUUAAAACCUGGAGAAUAUUUAUGCCUAGCUGUGUAAAAGCUGUGUAAAACUAUCGCUUUUGGUUGGUCGUUUGGAUGAUUCACAAGUAUGAGACGAGAGUUAGUCGAUUUUUUGUGCUUUCUAUCACUGCUAAAAUUUGGAAAUUAGUCAUGUUUUUAAGUCCCCGAACCAGAGCAGUGAAAACGCGCUGGUUUUACGUUCCAAAUUGAAGUAUUUUUGAUGUGGGGAAAAUGGCACGAAAAAGACUGGUCGUUCGUAAGCUUCGAUUUCUAUGUGGAGAAAAGUACACUUACACAAUACCAAAACACAUAACUUGGGUACAUUCUAAACAAAGAUAUGUCUUCGAAUCAUGUUAACUUUGGUGUUGAGCUGAAUAUAUCAGCAACAGUAGGAGAAAAAAAAGAGGGAAAAGCAGGUUUUGCCGUACAAAUCUUUAUACAAAUGUUGUAAACGGAGACAAAACCAAUCGACUUCCUAUAAAUUUAGGAUUGUUUAGGGCCUCAAAUGGAACAAAAAAAUAACUUGGCUCUGGCUUUGUGCUAUCAAGUUCAUUUUUUAUAUAACGACGCCUCUAUAGAAUAGUGGAAUUCCAUGAUUUUUAGUUUGGAACUUGCAUUUAAGUAGAACAUAGCCGUCUCCAAACUAGGGUGGAAUCUUGUAGUUUUAUAUAUUUCUUGAACGCUGCCUCGGUAGCAUCUCCCUUUGUAGGUAGUAACAUAUCGAGUAACAUGUCAACUGAGUCAACUGACUCUCGCACAAGUUAAGUAUCCACCGUCUUUUCAUGUGUCUGACGAUCAAUGCCAACAUUUUGAUUCGUGUUUCAGCAUACUCGAUAAUACACCAGCGCCGCUAACUUCGUUACAAACAUCAUGUCCUCGCGAUCAGGACACGUUGGCUCAACUUUAUUACCUGCGGCAUGAUUUCCAACAUAGACAACUUUUUGCUCGCUUUUUCGGAAGGAUGUUACGAUUUUAUCGCGCUAAAGGAAGCAUGGCUGGGUGAUCGUAUUAUCUUAUUAGUUUGGUGACGAGUAUGAGGAAUUCCGCUGUGACCAGAACUCUCUCAACAGCCGGAACCCGGUCGGUGGAGGUGUACAAAUCGCUAUUCGUCGCCGCUUGAAAGCCAACGUUAUCAUUGAUUCCUCAUGAAAUACGCUCGAACAGUCUAGCUGGCCGAUAGAAAGAUAUUCAUUUGCGGUGUUUAUUCUCCACCGUACCCGCGAAAAGUAACUGAUCGAUACCCAUCUGCAGUCUGUUCAUUCGAUAACCGCUAAAGCCAAAUCUGCCUGGUCUGUUAUGACGGCUUUCACUACCCCGACCCGGUUCAGUCUACAUUUAAUGAUUGUGCACUAGAUCUUCUUGACUCUCGUUAAGACUGUACCUCACCAUCCGGAUUUUGUUCUGUCCUUGAAAAUCGAUAUACGAUCGAUCAUCCGAUUAUCAAACUCGAUUUACGACGACGUUGCUACUCUAAUUAUAGCCGGCUCAUAGGAAAUAAUGUGUGGUCCUCGUGGCUUUGUGGUUAGCGAUGUCGGUCAGCUAGCUCUCCCACACAGCUGUGAUAUCGGGUUCGAUACCCAAUCCGGUCAAGAAUCUUUUCGAGUUAGAAAUUUUCUCGACUCAGCACUGGGGCACGGUGUAUCGUUGUACUUAUUCUACACAUGCAAAAUGUACCAAAAGCAAUAUCGAUAACGAAUUCUCUCAACUAAUAACUAACUAGUUGAUCGAGACCACUAUUAGCCCCCAGGCUAGCGUGUGAUAUUGUUUGUUCAUGGAAAAUAAAUUUGAGAUAGACCCUACAAAAUUUUGGAACUUCGUCAACAUGCAGCGGAAACAAGUUGGUUUGCAUUCUACUAUGGCGCUUACCGGAGAGAGAGUAGAUAACUUCACCGCAAUAUGCAGAUUUUUUGCCGAGAAAUUUUCGAACAAAUUGAGUACCAAGUUUUUGAUGCUGCCAAUAACGCUUCCUGGACCAAACGUUCCAUAGCUUCCGCUAACAUCGAUGACGGUAUGAUUUUGGCUGCUGCUACUAAACUUAAACACUCUUUCUCUCCUGGUCCAGAUGGUAUUCCUGUCACGUUGCUAAAAAUGUGUGUCUCCGGUUUAGUUAUGCCGCUAAGCUUCUGGUUCCGCUGGUUGCUUUCCACAGAAAGAUUUCCUACAGUUUGGAAACAUCCACGACGGAUCAAAUCUUCACCCUGCGACAGAUCCUCGAUAAGUUCCGGGAGUAUAACCUGCAGACGCACCAUCUAUAUGUGGAUUUCAAGGCAGCGUACGACUCAGUGAAAAGAAACGAGCUGUGGCAGAUCAUGCUGGAACACGGUAUCCCGACGAAACUAAUUGAGCUGAGUCAUAUGACGCUGGAAGGAUCGAAAUCAUGCGUGCGAAACGUUGGAUGGACUGAAGCAGGGGGAUGCGCUCCCUAACUUACUGUUCAACAUCGCCCUAGAAGGUGCAGUACCAAGAGCAAACGUGCAAAAAAAUGGUACGAUCAUCACGAAAUCGCACAUGCUCCUUGGUUUUACGGACGACAUCGAUAUCAUCGGUAUCGACCAAAGGGCCGUGGAGGAGGCCUUCGUGCCUUUCAAGAGGGAUUGGGACUUGUCAUUAACUCUAUCAAAACAAAGUAUAUGGUAGCUGGCAGUGAGCGUGGGAGUUCCCGUGGUGUUGUUGCUAAGGUGUAGAUAGAUGGGUAACGAUUCGAAGUGGCUGAUUAAUUCGCUUAUUUUGGUACGCUUGUGACAUGUGACAACGAUAUGAGCCGUGAAGUGAAACGAUGAGUUGCAGCUGCAAACAGGGCCUUGUACGGACUACGUAACCAGCUAAACUCCCGUAAUUUGCAAACUCGCAAAAAACUAGCGCUGUAUAGGACGGUUCAAACCGCAUCUACCUGAGCUUUCUGUUCCAUCAUCGAAAUACACUAACAGGAAAAAACGAAAUACCGCUACCCGCUUACUAUGACCCCAAUCAUUUCAGACCCAGCAGAGAGGCUAGUAAUGCCACGAUAAUUUCUAACGUUUUGCCGGUCACCGGAUUCAAGCACGGGAAACAUCAAUGACUGCUUCCAAACAGCAGGAAAGUUUCCUUGCGUAAAAGACUUGCGAUUGCACGACUGAAAAUAACAGCCGGAAUUCCAUCAGAACCAGCCGAAUAUGACCGUUUCAAUUUUUUAGCAGCAGUCAAUACCUUAUCGAUCGUAUUUGUAAAGGUGCUUAAGUCAACUACACAGGAGGGAACAUCAGAUGCCGCUAAUUGAGCUCUCUCAGUAAAAUCGGAAGCAAAAAGUUUUGAGAACAGCUCACAUGACUCAGAUUACGAUGUUGCCUGAUCUGUUCCUGUAACACGUAGGGUAAGGUGGGGCAAGAUGGGUCAGUGCCGUCGUUGAGCUUGAAAUAACUUUUUUGGUGAUGACACUAAUUUUGCAUGAUGCGUAACGUGUUUUCGACUAUGUAUCACGUGUUAAUAGUUUAUAUUUGCAUAUUGCUUUUUUAUAAUAAAUAAAAUAUUUUUUCGCUUAGUUUCUUACGCGAUUCACACUUUUUAAAAACGUGUUCUCUCGGCGUACGCUAUAAAAUUUGAAGUAAACCUUUAUUGCAGCAGCAAUUUCGCUCAUGAUGUACUUAACAAUAUGCUUUUUAGCAUAAAUAAAUCUACUAUAAAAAAAUGGAAUUCCGUAACGCUUGAUCUUAUUGAUAUUAUUCCCUCAGUCUCUGAGGUGUACAGUAAUCAUCAUAAUUUUGUAUCGUUCUAAACCAAAAAUAAUAAGCGGUGACAUGUAGGUUUUUUUAACAUGAAAAUGUUCGCUGAUGUUCAGGAAAGACAUUUGAGGAAAAAAAAGGUAUCUAAUUACUAAAACUUGAGAUAUUAUUCACAAAACUACGUAAAACAUGCAAAAUUAUGACUUUCUGUGCUGAAUUUGCCUCUAAAUCAAAAUUCAAAGCGAUGAUAUAUGAUUCUUUUUUCACUAAAAUGUUUGUUAAUGUUCAGGAAAGACAUUUGAGGAAAACUAAUUAGUAUCUGACACUAAAACUUGAAAUAUUAUUCACAAAACUACGUAAAACAUGCAAAAUUAUGACUUUUUAUACUUAAUUCGUCUCCAAAUCAAAAUUCAAAGCGAUGACAUGUGAUUCUUGUUUCAUUAAAAUGUACGUUGAUGUUCAAGAAAUACAUUUGAGAGAAAAUAAUAGGUAUCUAAUUACUAAAACUUGAGAUAUUAUUCACAAAACUACGUAAAACAUGCAAAAUUAUGACUUUCUGUGCUGAAUUUGCCUCUAAAUCAAAACUCGAAGCAGUGAUCUGUGAUUUUUACUAUAAUUAAAUGUUCGUUGUGUUUAGGAAAGGUAUUUGAGGGAAAAAUGAUAGGUUCUGAUUAUUUCAAAUUUAAAUAUUUUCCACAAAACCACAUGAAAAAUGCAAAACCAUAUUUUUUUAGGCUCAAUUUGUCUCUAAAUCAGAAUUCAAAGCGAUGACACGUGAUUUUUUUCAAUAAAAUGUUCGUUGAUAUUUAGGAACGACAUUCGAGAAGAAAUAAUAGUUAUCUGAUAACUAAAAAUAGGGGUCUAAUUCACAAAACUAAGUAAAACAUGAAAUAUAAUGAAUAUUUUGGCUCAAUUUGACUCUAAAUCCAGUUUCAAAGCUAUGAUAUAUAAUUUCUUCCAUUAAAAUGUUUGUUUAUGUUCAGGAAAGACUUUUGAGUAAAAAUAACAGAUUUUUGAUUGAUGAAAAUUGAGAUAUUAUUCACAACACUACGUUAAACAAGCAAAAUCAUGAAUAUUUGAACUCAAUUUGCCUCUAAAUCGAAAUUCAAAGCUAUGUUAUGUAAUUGUUCUUCAUUGAAAUGUUUGUUAAUGUUCAUGAAAGACAUUUGAGGAAAAAUAAUAGGUAUCUUAUUGCUAAUAGUUGAGAUAUUACUUUGCAUACAGAAAAGCACAUUAAAAUACUCUUUUUGAAAUUUAUAUAUAUUAUACAUAUAAUACAAGCAAAAUUUUGACUUUUUGAGCAUGAGCUCAAUUCGCCUGUAAAUUAAUUUUUUUUCAAUAAAAUGUUCGUUGUUCCUUUCAACAUCUGCAAAUAUUUUCUUGCAGAAGAAUUUAUGUUUUAAUUUGGUGCGAGUCGAGCAGAUAAAAAUUACAUUUCUGAUGUUUUCGUAGUUUUGUGAAUAGUAACGCAUUACGGGAUUCGAAAUACUUUUUUACUUUUACCAAAACUAGAUCUUGGGACAUUUGGCUGGAGGAAAUGCCGCAUUUCAUUGGUUUAAUCUUUUUUUUUUUAAUUUCUAGGUAGUUAUGUGGAUUAAAACGUUAACUUCUUCUCAGACGUGUUCCUUGGACACCAACAAACAUUUUCGUUAUAAAAAUUCACACCCGAGUGUGGUAUAUUCGAAACUGGGAUGACCCCACAUAACAUUUUCCAAAAUAACGACUUCUGGUUUCAGGAAAAUAAUCUAAAGUGGUAUUUGGCCAACCAUUUCAAUACUUCCGAAACUUCCGAACUCCAUACGUCAUUUUGUAAACAUCCCUAAAUCACAAAAUGCAAUCCAAUAUGGGUAUUUCCGUUCUGUGCGUUCUCAAAAUGUUAAAGUACUUGAAGUGAUGAUGGACGUAUAAGAUGUGAAAUAUUUUUGAAGUGAGUUGUGCUAAUAAUUCAAUGAAUUAUAAAAAAUGAUUCCUAAUUUUGAAACUUUUGAUCCCGAGCUUCGCCGGGAACGUUCAACUAGUGUAAAAUAAUCAUGAAUAUCACAAUCGUGAACUAAAUUAAUGAUUGGGGCAGCAUGGGUCACCAAAAACGAGGCAGUAUAGUUUGCAUCGACAGCUGAUUUUUCAAUGUUAACGUUACAGUUUUAACGCUAGAUUUGACGUAAACGGUGUUGUCACUCCGGAAAAAACUUUCAUUGUUUCAAAAAGCCGACAGUAGAGAAGUUCUACAAAAUGCUGCAGAAAGCAAUCGUCGAGGAAAAUUUAACCCCUUCGGCGGUAUAACAUGGACGAGAUGACCCAUAUUUUUGUUAUCUAUGAAGAGAAGGCAUUUUUCUUGCUAUCCGUAGAAAGUUCAUUGAGAUUUAUUCAUAGUUUUGUGCUGUUCGAGAGGGUGACCCAUCUUGCCCCGCCUAUUUUACCAACGCUUGAUUUUUGUCAUUUUCUAGCAUAAUUUAAUAAAAUAUAUAUAUGGGGCCAUCCACAUACCACGUGGACAGAUUUUUAACGAUUUGAACCCCCCCCCCUCCCCCUCCGUGGACAACUGCCCAUAGAAAUUCUAAAAAAAUUGUAUGGACCGUGGACAUUAGCCAACCACCCCCCACCCCCCCAAAGCUGUCCACGUGGUAUGUGGAUGGCCCCUAUAAGGCUGAUACAAAUUUCGAAUUCUUUUUAUGUCCAAGGUUAUCAAAGUUAGCAAAGGGGGUGGCAAAAAAUAAAUAACACCGAAACGAAAAAAAAAAGAAAUAUCUUUGAUCAAAGUUUGUAACUUGCACUCAAAUAAAUGUUGAAAAAUAACACUUUAUUAUUAUUAUUAUUAUUCAUUUCGCUUGCCUUUUGACGACACUAUCGCUGUCACUGGACUUGUUUGUUGCUAAAUACAGCAUUUAUACUGUCGGAAAACCAAUAAAACGAACAAAACAGUUUGAGCUCUUUUUUUCUUCCCCUUCCAAUAUUAAAUAUUUUUGAGGGGGGGGGGGGGGGUGACAUAAAAUGGAAAUAAAAUUUGUAACGGCCUAACUUCAAAAUAAUCAUCUGAAAGGUAGACCGAAACUAUCUUCAGUUAUGUGAUAUUGAAAAUUUGGCUUAGGUGACCCAUCUUGCCCCCCCCCCUUACCCUAUGACUUAUACAGUGUGCUAUUUAGGUGACGGUACUUGUCAGAGUAACGCUUGAAAUUGCUCUUCGUGAGCGCUGUUUUCAGUCGACGAGCUUCCCCAGUUGAAGUCCAGGGGCAAAAUCUAUAGGGUAGUUUGGGGUAAUUUGGACCCCCUAAGGAAAACUCCUGUUAUUUCGUAACCUGUUUUUUCUAUCAUAUAAACGUAAUGUUGUACAGUAAUAUUGAUCUGUUUUCUAUGUUCCUGCACAAAAAAAACUUGAUAUUGAGGUCAAAAGAACAAAAAAAAAUAACGGGACUAAAAAUUAUGAUUUUCGGACAUAAAAAAUCGUUUGGGGUGAAAAUGGACAGCUAUUGGGGUAAUAUGGACCGUGUUUGGGGUGAUUUGGACAGGGUAAAAAUGUGAGUUUUAUAGUAUCAAUAGUUGUUUAAUACACAGUAGAAGGUGGUAUCAGGCAUACGGAAUAAUAACUGCAAUUCUUAGGCAUUCCACAGUAGGCCAAAAAAAAUUCCCUUCUUCAAUUAUUCAUACUAGAAACUGAGUAUGCGAUCGUGCGUCGCACACGCGCGAUUGUGUGUGUGUGCACGUGUGUGUGCGUGUGUAUGUGUGUGUGUCAGUGUAUGUGUGAUGUAAGUUUUAUGAGAACCAAUUUUUGGCAGCACUUUGAAUGUUGCUGUGUCAGGAAAUUUCAAUGAUUUUUAUGUUCUAAAAUCACAACUUUGAACUUAACUUCAAUUACCUAAUUCCCUCAAUUUUGAUCUGAUUGUGGAUGAACGAAUUUCGUUUUGAGGGGAAAUUGAUGUUAUUUUUCAGAACUCUUGUGUACCGUACAGUCUCGUGAAACAGUUCGGAAUGAUCGGAUAAUUAACAGCCUAUAUGAAAUUAACCGUAUUUUUCGAAUUUUUGGGUCCCGGUUUGCAUAUCGUCGUUCCAAAUCCGUUAAUCCCAAAUUCGCGAAACGGGAAAAUAUAUAACGAAUGUACGUUGACGUACGAUUUCUUAUUUUUCCUUGAAAGGCCUAUCAAAUUCCUUUAAAAAAGGAAAUCUUUAAAUCUUUUAGUUGGUCAAACGGCUCAAAAGUUACAAUUUUUUGAAAAAUGAUUGCCGAUUUUUGGCAACUUUAAUUCAAAAUGGAUCACACUAAGGACUAAACAAAAUACUACAAGGUAUACAGCCCUAGGGUUGUAUGAAAUGUUGACGUGGGACUAAACACUGUAAUUAGAAGGAUUUUUAGUUACAAAGGUUACAGAAUCUGCAGACAGCAACAAUACGUUUGUUUUGUGGUUUAAGUAUUUUUUAUACGCAGCCUCCCCAUAAAUUUUCUUUUUAGAAAUAUAUUGAGCAAUACUCGAAGGAACUUCGAUUACACUUAACGAUAUUGUGUAGUGUUUUUUUUUUUUUGUGCGAACAACAUUUAUUUAACAAGGCACAAGCAUGUCGUUGUUAUUGUAAAAGCACCAAGAAUUUCUCGCAAUGCGUCUGAAUCAGAAAUAACUCUAUUUCCUCAUAAACCGAAUCCAACAAUACCUACGUUAUAAUAAUACACGAUUUUGUCUUAUUUAAUUCUGAUCAAAUCAAAUUUAUUAUAUAAAUCUUAUUAGGGAAAUAAUUUUGAAGCCGUUACAUAGGUUCACUCAUAGGGAAACAUAAGAAGAUAUGUUGAACAAAAUAAUCAACAAGUUCCAGCGAUAAAUCAAAACAAUUCCAAGGAAGUUAAAGUACGAAAUGAUUAAUUUCUGUUUUUUGAUUGACAUUUUUUUUUCGUUUGCCAACAACUGUAUUACAAAGACCGCUAAUAUAAGGAAGAAUAUUAUUUGUUAAGUUGAAAACAAAAAUACAUCAUCUAACAAUGUGGAAAUGUGAACAAAUAUUCUGAAUAGAUCCUAGUGAAUCGACAAAAUAUUCAGAAGCAUUCGCUGGCUGUUAAGCUUCUAUUAAUUUGUAUUUCCAGAAAUCUAUCCUUACGAUCACGAUCAUUCAGUGAAUAUCGAAGAUAAAAUGCAAAAAAAUCUUAUGACCAUUGCAAAAAUGCUCUAUUCUUGUUGAGUAGUUUAUUUUUUUUCUUAAGGUAAGCAUAUUCAUGAGAUAAACUUUUAAUCAUUACCAAUGCAGCAGCAUUGCACUUUUUCCUUGAUUUCACGAAAAUAGAAGUCGUGUACCACUGCAAUGAUAGGCGACGAGAGACCAGCGGCGCUCUGCUCCACAUAAUAUGCGUAUUAUACUGUACGGUAUUGUUGCUUUUACCAGCGUGUUUUCUUUCAAGACAUCAGUUUUUAUUCUGCUCUGACAGCAGGUUUAGAAAUUCAAGUUGAAGUUCAAGUGAAAGGCUUGUUUCAAAACUUUUCAAAAGAUGUUUACCUUAGAGACUUCAAAUUAGUCUAAGUUCAUGGAAGCAAAUUUAAAUUGACCUGUUGGGACGAGGAAACUCUGUCCAUUUUUUUUAUAUUGAAACUGAAAAUAUCACAGGGAAUGGUUGGUGUCCAUUCACAUCAUCUGUGCUAGGAAUGCUCGCGUGUGAUUGGUUCAUUGUUCGCGCAAAUUUUCUUGUAACUUUUUAUCAAUUUUCACCGUUGAGCAGUGAAAUAAUAAUGAUGACUAGCGUAUUAUAAAAUUGUUACACGUUUUAUCUAUCCAACAAUAUAUUGGUUAUUGUUAUCCAUCAUGUGGUUAUGCUGUAAUUAUCGUUUGAAAUCUGACGUAACAUUUGCCAGUUUCGUUUCCUAAUUUACAGAAUGCAUCCCAGUAUAGAAAACAAAGACGUAGUCCCACGUCAAAAAAUACGGGUAUAAAGUUUUUCGAUGAAGAACAAGUAUACCAAUGUUGAACAUGAUAUGAACAAGAAAAAUCUGAUAAUAAGAAAGGUGUAAGGCCAUUUUAGGGGAAUAACAUUUUCGGACAUCAGAAAUGAGUUCAGCACCCAAAAAUUGGCAUUAUACGUCAUUUUCAAGCAUUUUAGAAAAAAAAUUAGAUUUUUCCAACAGAAACCCGCCACUCUGCGGGGCAUUUAAAACACUUUUUGUACAGAUAAAUCAUCCCAGAUUGCCUGCAACACUUUUUACAGUUCAUUGUUUGUAUACCGCCGUCUAUCCGUUCGUUUUUAUAUGGCCGCGGCAUCAGUCCGACAAAAGAAUUUACUUCAAACUCGCCUGACCAUAUCACCCAAAAAAAAAAAAAAAAAAACUGUCCAUUUUACCCCAAACAGGACGCCUUUCUAGAAACUUAAUUCCUUCCACUAUUUUCGAUCAAACUUAUCGCAAUCUUUCAUUAAAAUGUAUUCUUUUACUAGACAAACACGGCUGCAAAGCUCAUUAGACUGAAAACAUUGAAGUCCAGUGUGAGUCCGAGAUCCGAGAUGCUUUUGCUGAUAAUACACUUAGCGGUUCUCCAAUACAGUGAGUCGAAUUGAUUAAGGACCUCGGAGUACUUCUGGAUUAAAAACUCACUUUUAAACAGCAUGGAAGCGAAAGCUGCCAGACAAAUGGGACUCAUUUUUCGAAUGACACGUGAUUUAAAAAAUAUCCACUGCUUAGUACGCUCUGCUGUUUAACGCUAUCCAUCGAAUCGUAAGCAUCCAGCGGCGGUUUGUACGUUAUGCCCUUCGAAUGCUUUUCUGGCAACAACCCAUGCGUAAUACUAGGUACGAGGAUCGCCGUUAGCUUCUUCAGAUUGAUAAACUUCAACUGCGACGCAAGACAGCGCGUGCUAUGCUAGUAUCAGAUAUCAUGACAUCAUGCGUUUACUACCCUGCCAUUUUCGCCACAUUAACCCGAAUGCUCCCACUAGAACCCUGCGAAGGAUACCAGCAUUGCAUUUGGAAUUCCGUCGAAGCAACUACAGCUCCAACAGCUCCAUGAAACUUCUUCAUUGCGGCGUAAAAAGAUUCAAUGAUGUGGUGGUUUUCGCUGUGCUGCCGGAUAUGCUCCUCCAAUGAAUUGUUUCUAAACGGCCUUCGGGCGGCUUCCCCAGGAAUGCAUCCAGCAAUUUCAAAAUUUGGAACUCACACCAGAAAAAAAAAUUCCUAAUAGGUAUAUUUACAUCUGUUCUCGUAAGAAGCGAAUACAGGAUCGAAACAAAACUAUUUGCUUGUUCUAGCGACUCGGUAUUCCUAAGGCUGCUAGGAUCUGUAAUUUCCAACCUGUUAAUGCACGGGAUUUGUCAGCUAAGCAAGCUUGGGUAACUUUGUUCAUUAUUGCUGUUAAUCGCAGUCACAAAAAUUUAGAAAGAAACUUUCUAUGGAAUUUGAUUACCAUACGAUAACUGUAAUCAGCCAAAAGACCUUGAAUAUCAAGGUGGUUCUAAAACCAAGAUGGCGACUGGCAUUUUUUCCAAACAUUCGAGUAACUCGAAUCGUAGAACAUCGUAGAAAUCUUAUCCUUAAAAACAAUUAAAACUGUUUUUUUUCUCCAUUUAUUUAAAUCAUGCUCUGUCAGCUCAACACUAGACAAACAAACUCCAACCACCCCAAGUGUCAAAAAAACCACAGUGAACAGCGCGAACAGCACAUUGUAAUACAGUUUAAUACAGCAAAUCCGUACUAAACUUUAGAGCGCAUAACCACACGAACAUCUCCAGCACAGAACCAACCAACUCAUAACACGCAAAUCUAAACAGACUCAUAGACAUGUAAAUUCACUGUUCCUUUAAAACUACUUUAGAAGUCCUAUAAUAGGAACAAUAGAAAAGGCAUAUAAAGUAAGCAUAGAUACAAAACUAAAACUUCGAAGGCAAAAAAAUUGAAAAAAAAAAAACAAGCGCGAUAGGUAAAAUAGACCUCGUACUAGUUGAAUUUAUUGUAACUUCGAACAAACAAGAAAAAAUACAGUUAUUAAACAAAAAUAUACAAAACAAGAAAAAAAAGCGCUAGUUGAAAUGUAUCCACUCUUACUACUAGUAGAUUUAAUAUAGUGUUACAACAGGAAAAUCAGAUAGAAGCAACCAAAUUGAACACACAAACAUGCAAACACAAGAGAUUUUAUAAAUCUUAUGAGAUAUUCUCAUGUUUUAUUAAACGACGAUUAUUUGUAUUUCAAACCUUCUGACUAUCUAAUCGCUGUAACUAUAUAGUUCAAGCGCAUUUAUAAGGUUCUUCCGUUUAUCUGCCGAUUUGGAGCAAUCGAACUUUAACCGCGCGGUUUUCUGACUGACAAAAAAAAAAACACGCAAAACUUAUCGUAAUUUUGAACUGAUACCUAUUAAUAAAUGCCAAUAACACAAACACAAACCAACCGACAAGCACACAAAAUAAAAAAAAAAAACCUAAAACACAUUGAAAAACGGCAGCAUCUAAGCAGAGUUGCGUGUUAGAUUUUUUUUUGUUCUCAUCGGAGUUUUAGCUGAUUUUUCAGCGCCAUCCGAUGCCGCCGCGGCUCCACAAGAGGGAGGUAUAUUAGAAAGGUUGUAAAAAGAAACAUGCAUAGAAAUUAUAGAACUGCAAGAAGCCCCUCCCAAGCACAGCAAUAUAAAACAACAGCAAAGCGAUUUGAGAAAGACCGAGUCGAGAAGGAUCAAUUGCGCAUAAGCGCAAUUGUGAACAUGAUGAAAGAGAGGAAAAACAAAACAAAACCGAUUAAAUAUGUGACGAAUAUGUAUGUAAAAUUUCAUGUGAAAUUAUAGCA